UGUCUAACGGGGUCUUUGCCCUAUUUGUAAAGCUGUUUGAAGUCCUCAAAUUCAGCCUUUGGCCACCUUAAAUCUCGCUUCUGAUCCCCGGUGCAGUUAAUCACAGCCACAGUGGUUUGAAUUAUGGGAUGUCUGGGGGGGAUUUAUAGCUUGUAUUGCUGAUUAUACCUUGACUUUAUUAUAUGGCACAUAUAUCUAACCGGUGGUCACGGCUGAGAUUUACAAUCCUCAGGAGCAGUGAGUCCCACAAGGGUGCGUGCCCCGCAGCCAGCAUGACGAGUGAGGUGGUGGAGAAUGAAUUUGAGUUUUACUCCAAGGCAGAGAAGUACUGGAAGGAUGUGCCCGCCACAGUGGACGGCAUGCUGGGGGGCUACGGCCACAUCUCCAGCAUCGACAUCAACAGCUCCAGGAAAUUCCUGCAGCGCUUUCUGCGGGAUGGCCCCAACCGAACGGGAACAACCCGCGCCCUGGACUGCGGGGCUGGCAUCGGCCGUAUCACCAAGAGGCUGCUGCUGCCCCUCUUCAAGACUGUGGACAUGGUGGAUGUGACCGAGGACUUCCUCACCAAGGCCAAGAGCUACCUGGGGGAGGAGGGCAGGCGGGUGCGCAACUACUUCUGCUGUGGCCUCCAGGACUUCAGCCCUGAGCCCAAUUCCUACGACGUCAUCUGGAUCCAGUGGGUCAUUGGACACCUCACUGACAACCACCUCUCUGACUUCCUGAAGCGGUGCCGCGCCGGCCUGCGGCCCAAUGGCAUCGUGGUCAUCAAGGACAACAUGGCUCAGGAGGGCGUCAUCAUGGACGAUGUGGACAGCAGCGUCUGCAGGGACCUGGAUGUGGUCCGUAAGAUCAUCCGCCGGGCUGGGCUGCACCUCCUGGCCGAGGAGCGCCAGGAGAACUUCCCCGAUGAGAUUUACCACGUCUACACCUUCGCCAUGAGAUGAAGGUGCUGACGGGAGGAGGUCUCUCCAGGACCAGGACAGCGGUUCCUGCCGGGGUCAGGAGGGGUGAGGACUGUGCCUUCACCGCGGGGCUGCGCGUGGCAGCGAGGGCGUUGUGACUCCGUCUGUGUGGGGCUGGUGGUGAGGAUGGGGCUUCGUCUUCCAAGUUGCUGCUGUUUGUGAAAAGAGGUGUUUGCCAAAUACAUUUUUCCUGCUGUUGGACUUCA